AUGGCUCCAUGGUGGUCCUCAUCAGAAUCGGACAAAACUCGCCGUGACGAUGAUCCUUUCGCUGACUUCCGCCGCUUCGCUGACGAACAAAUCAACGCUCUGGUCGAAGGAAUCAACUCUCUGCCAGGCUUCAUUUCUGCCUCUCUCGGCGCCGAAGAGCAGCGAUGGUCAGACGAGAUGCGAGAAGUGCGUAAACGUUUAGAAGAAGACUUCCCACCCCUCUUCGCUUCUCUUCUAGGUGCUCCCGAAAGAAGAUCUUACCUUGGCGGUCCCAUCAGCGAAGAGGCCCGUCAAGCUGCACGUGUCCUGCUUCUUCAAUCACGCAAUGCCAGUUUUGGAGUUGACCCAAGAAAGAUCCUCAGUCUGUACCAGGAUCAUGGCCAAGGCAUGAUGCCUGUUCACAGCAAAUUCCCCAUCCGUACCACAACCAGUAACACAACCUGGCUGAGUGUCGACUGGUUCAGACACAGCCCGUACUCGCCCAUUCAACUCGAGCAACACUCCGAGGCUCAUCAACACGGCGGCAAGUGGCGUGCCGCUUUCGAGGACCUGCUCUGUGCCCACCUUGACAAACCCCAAGUUGCCCAUGACGCCUGGAAAGCCGAAGACUCGAUUGCCGCCUCUGAUCCUGACAAUCAAACCUUGUACAAUCAUUGGGCUCAACCAGGAAUCGAUUGGAUGCUCGGUUUGCAGUGUAGAGGAAUCUUGCCACCUCAACUGCCUAGCCUGUACAACAUCACCCCUCUCGAAACCAAGAAACUCGAUCGCGUCUUUGGCAAAAUCGUGUCUGGAGUUAGCAACUUCUGGACACCCUAUGGCCGUGCCGUGCACGAGGACUUUACGCAGCUGGCGAGAAUAGUGGCUUCGCCUGAUGCAGAAGACUUGGUCGUGAGAAGCAACAUGAAGCCCGACACCGAGUUGGACAUGUACGAGAACUUGUGGAAGAACGGUUAUGGAAAGGAAGAAGCAGAAGCUUCGAAACCAGUGUCUAUGCCUGUCAGCUCCUCAUCGACAGCUAUGACCUCCAACGAGGAGACGCAGAAGCCUAGUGUCAUCUCCGUCAUGACCACCACUGAGACACGCACUAUGCCCGAUGGAUCAGUGUACACAAAGCGCGUUCUGAACAAACGCUUCUCCGACGGCACUGAAGAGAACAGAGAGGAGGAAUCGACCGGACAUCCUGACAGCGAGAACAAGUCAGAAGGCAGAGAUGGCGGACAUGAGUCGCUUGACAAGAAGAACGGUCCAGGAUGGUUCUGGCGCUGA